UGCACAGCUCUCACUCAACUCAUUUCGUUAACAAUCAAACUAACAAAUUAAUAGAAAGAAAACACCAUGAAACUGGAAAAGGAAUCACUUUCUGCAUACCUACAAAGAUAUCCUUUCCUGUUUUCCUAUCCAAAAUCCGUUCACAUUUAUAAGGCCAUGAUUAAAAACCCGCAAAAAUUUUAACUUUCUAAAACAAGCCAAACAUAAGCAAAUAAAUGUCUUUGAGUCCACCUCGCACCCGAUCAUCCCCAACCAGAAUCUACAACUCUUAUUGGUGCUACCAAUGUAGCCGGAUCGUCCGAAUCUCCUCCGACAACACAUCCGACAUCGUUUGCCCUCGAUGUUUUGGUCAGUUUAUAACCGAGAUGGAAAUCCCAAGGCCUAGACUGGUCUUAAAUUUCACAUAUGAUGAUCCAUCCCCUCAGGCUCGGCUUCUCGAAGCGCUAGCCCUUAUGCUUGAUCCACCCAUGAGGAUCCGUGAAUCGAACGAACCAUGGUCCUUUCCACGGCGAAGGUCUAGAAGCGAUGUUGUACUUGAAGGGCCUAACUCCGGACAACCCAGAUGGGUUCGAGUGCCACGCCAUUCGAACAGUAGAGAUGAUAUAGAUAAUGAGCUUGGGUUACAUACCCGCCCUAGGGCCUGGAUUAUUGCCAGGCCUAUAGGGCAGCAACCAGGGAUAGCUAGUCCAUCUUCUAGGCCAGAGGAUGGACUCACACCAGGGACUGAUCCAAGGAACUAUUUCCUUGGAUCAGGUCUGCAGGAGUUGAUCAACGAGCUGACGGAGAAUGAUCGGCCAGGUCCACCACCAGCACCCGAUACUGCUAUCGAGGCGGUGCCGUUGGUGAAGCUUACGGCAGAGCAUGUUGCACAAGGUGGCUCAGAGUGCCCUGUUUGUAAGGAGGAGUUCGAGAUAGGAUGUGAAGUUAGAGAGUUACCAUGUAAACAUGUAUAUCAUUCUGAUUGCAUUGUACCUUGGCUAAGGUUGCAUAAUUCUUGCCCAGUUUGUAGAACUGAGUUACCUGUUAUUCAUGAUCAAUGUGAAGAUGGAGGAAGAAUAGUUGAAUCAGAAGGUUCAAGUAUUGAAGAUGGUAGGACUCGAAGAUGCUUGAAUUGGAGCCGGUUCAGCUCAAUAUGGCCAUUUCGUUCACGAUAUUCAAGGAUUAAUCCUCAUGGCGAUCACAAUAAUCCUCAGAAUCCUAGGAUGUCAACUGGAGCGUUUUUGUUGACUUGCACCUUAUGCCUGAUGCUUGUCAUACCCUUUAUGACAUAUUCUCCAACCCUUAUCUAACAACUGGUCGAUCAAGGAGACAAUUCUGCCGUAUUCUAUAGCGUUACGUUGCUGUUGCGGUGAUAAAUGUGCUCGAUUUGUGUCAUAUUUCAUGGCAAAAUUGUUUUAGCUGAUCAUGUAUGUCGUUCACCAAAGUCAAUGACGAUGGACGAACAUCCUUGUUCCUUGCGCUUACUCACAUUCUUGUUGUACAUACAGAAAUCGAACUUUGGGCAAUUAGAUUGAAGUUUGGCAUCAUUGAUCAUAACUUGAUAUCAUAUUUGUGAUUCGCAAAGUUUAUUUCCUAUAGAUAAGCGAAAGGCUUGCGACUUAAAGUUGAUUGAAUGAUGACUGAACAAUGUUCGAUAUCACUUGUAUAAUAAUUUUAACUUUUGG